AUGCGGAUGAUGUGGGUACUUGUGUUUGGCGCGUCUGCCGCAGCGCUGUUCCCAUCAAAAGAAAAGGACGAAUCGUAUCACGUGAUGCUUGGUGAUGCUGUGUCAUGGGUAAUUGACCAUCAUUUGUCUGAGUGCUCUUUCACCAUUCUCUUUGCCGAAGAGGAUUUCUCAAGGAAUGUAGCGAAACAAAUCAUUCGCUCCAUGGUUGACAGGAAAAUACCAUAUCAGGUUGCUAGUGCUGGACGAGAGGGUGUGGAAGGAAAUGUUCGCUGGCGAGUUUUCUCCUGUAAUGUCUACGUCAUUAUUGCUAAAAAUCUGCGUGAUUUGUCCAGAAUUCUAGAUGAAGACGACGAGGCCUGGGACUGGACAGGACGUUUUUUGUUCAUUUCUCUUAACACCAAAAAAGAUCUAGAAGUCUUUGUUACGUGGUAUAAACUUCAGAAGACGCUCGAUGUCAUUUUCUUCACGCAAGGCCACAAUAAGCAGGAACUCUCACUCGCUACUCACUUGCUGUAUCGGGAGAAAAAAUUAGAAUUUCUUGUCCUGUGGAGAAACAACACUACUUCUUUGCAAGUCGAUAUUUUCCCUGAAAAGGUACGAAACUUGAAAGGAAGAGCGCUCCGCGUGUUUACCUUUAAUCACGCUCCCUCAGUUUUCUCUGAUGUGGAUUCCAAAGGAUUCCUUCAUAAUGUUUCAGGCAUUGAUAUUGAGGUGGUAAAGGCGAUGGGCCAAGCACUCAAUUUCAACCCAGUAUUUGAACAUCCAGGACCUGCACGAUGGGGGAUAAUCCUUCCAAAUGGGACGCACACUGGCAUGGUUGGACGCAUUAGCCGUGACGAAGCCGAGAUAGGGGUAGGGAAUGUGUUCGUUACCGAAGUGAGAGCGAAGUACAUCACAUUCACUAUUCCAUAUGACUAUGAAAGAGCUUGUUUCAUUACUCCUGCGCCCAGAGAGCUGCCCAAGUCGAAGGCCAUUUUGUCUCCGUUUUCUCUGAACGUUUGGAUCCUUUUGACAGUAACUGUUGUGGCUCUCUCUUUAUUUGUUCCUUUAUUUGCGAUGGGACUCGUCCAGAGGGAUCGAAACAACAGGAUUGAUGUUUCAUCAGCAUUUCUUGCUAUUUUAUCCAAGUUCUGUAAUCAGACAGUAUCCAUGCCUGAAACUCCAGCUUUCCAGGUGCUGUUUGCUUUCAUCACGAUCUGUGGAUUUGUUAGUACUGUCUACUACUCAACAAAUCUGACUGCGUUCAUGCUAGUUAGAGCGGUUGAAUCCCCGUAUACGUCGGUGGAGCAAAUUGUAAAGGCUGGCUUUCAGGUCGGCGGAUUUAGCGACUUCUGGAAAGCAAUAUUUGAGCAAUCUGCCAAUGAAAAUGUUAAAAAACUAGGGGAAAGAUUCUUCAGUUUCUUCCCUGACAUUUCACCGUACCUCAAACGUGUAGUGUCCAGGGAAGUUGUUUUGUUAGAAAAUACCCAGCAUCUUGAAUACCUCCUGAAGACGUUUUAUACAAAUCGAGCAGGAAAAUCCCCACUGAGGCUGAUGCUUGAAGAGUGUAUCAAUCCAUUUGGCAUCGGUGCACUUCUGAGAAGGCAUUCUCCUCUCAAGCAGCCUCUAGAUAUGGAUCCCAGACGAUGUGCCAUAAUGUUUGGGAGGGAGUCAGUCUGUACCUGCCACAGCCUCUCAGCUGUGUUUGCAUUGCCCCAUCUCAGGAAACAGCUGCCGUUACAUCAUUAUGCAUCAAGUGCUAUACUUCAUAUGCGUGAGGGUGGUCUUGUCGACAAGUUCUUUGACAUGGUUCUCCAAGUAGAUCAUAAAUAUGCUCAUGAAGAAUUUGAACUGGGCUUCGAUCCUAAUGCUGAAUCUUUAGAACAGCAAAUUCAACCCCUUACUUUUCAGCAUCUACAGGGUGCCUUCAUUCUUCUGGGAAUAGGUGUCUUAAUUGCACUAACUGCAUUGGCAACAGAGCUUUUAUAUUCUGUGGCCAAACUCAAGAAACUUGGAUGUUAAAUUCAUUGUGCUUAUUCAAAUAAUUUUUUUCUGAGAUUUCAAGUUUUGUGACAAAACUUAGCGGUAAAUGACUGCAUGAUGAAAGGUUUUUGUAUACAGGUGGUCUGUUAAGAUCUGAGCUACUUAUU